AGAAGAAGGCCAUUGAUAUUAUUUUUUUUAUUUUUAGCAAGUAAAAUAUCAUUUUCAUUUCCUAAAGUUACUAAAAGUUACUAAAAAGUGUUGCAAUUUAAAAUUACUGUGCAAUAAAUAUAUUUUUAUGAAGAUUCCUCAAAUUUAAGAAAGUACACAAAUAUAAAAACAAUCACAAACAUUUGAUGCAAUAAAUUAUAUAAACGAAAUAUUUUGACAUAUACUAUAAAUCUCUAAAACAAAAACAAUAUUGGAUAAAAAUAAAAAUGCCUGGUAAAGUAGGCGUAAAAAUUAAAGCUGGAAGAAAUCUACCAGUAAUGGAUAGAGGUAGUGACACAACAGAUGCUUACGUUGAAAUAAAACUUGGUAGUGUUACUCACAAAACAGAUGUAUGUCGUAAAACUCUUAAUCCACAAUGGAAUACUGAUUGGUUCCGAUUUGAAGUAGAUGACGCAGAAUUACAAGAUGAACCUUUACAAAUACGUUUAAUGGAUCAUGAUACAUAUUCGGCCAAUGAUGCUAUUGGUAAAGUGAAUAUUAGUUUAAAUCCACUUUGUCUAGAAAAUGCUGGACAAUCGAAUCAAGGAAAAGGUGCUGUUAUGUCAGGUUGGAUUCCAGUAUUUGAUACAAUGCAUGGAAUUCGGGGCGAGGUUAAUAUUAUUGUUAAAGUUGAUCUGUUUUCUGAUGUAAAUAAGUUUAGACAAAGUUCAUGUGGUGUGCAAUUUUUUCAUUCACCUUGUAUUCCUCAUGGUUAUAGAGCACAAAUUAUUCAUGGUUUCGUUGAAGAGCUAGUUGUUAAUGAUGAUCCAGAAUAUCAGUGGAUUGAUAAAAUAAGAACUCCACGUGCCUCAAAUGAAGCAAGACAAGUAGUAUUUCUUAAACUGUCAGGACAGGUACAACGAAAAAUCGGAUUGAAAGCAAUUAAUUUAGGUGCAAAUGCUGUUAUCGGUUAUACUCAAUGUUUUGAUCUCGAAGGUGAUGUUGGAGUCGUAGCUAGAGGUAUAGGAACUGCUGUGACAUUAAUCAAAAUUCAAGAAAAUACCAAUCAAAUUGUCGUUGACAAUGCACUGAUCGAAGAGAGAACUAAAAAGUAUCUCGAAUUUUUAAGUAGUAGUUUUAAUGAACCCGAUGACAAAUUUGAAUCGGAUGAUUUAGAUGAUCCAGUAAACACAGUGUACAAGAUUCUUGGUUUAGAUCCUUUAGAUAAAACAUCAGCUCGAUCACCCAAAAUUAUAUUGAAGAAACGAUGGAAACCUAGUUCCAAAGAUGCAACCAUAUAUGAAGAAAAUCCAAAUGAUUCAGAAUAUAGUAUGCAACAACUUUUGGAGCAAGAAGAUAUGCGUGGAGAAAAACCUCCAAAAAAAUUUCACCAUCACAUCAAAAAAAUAACGCAUCAAUCAAGAAGCAUAAUUUCAGAUAAAGUGAUUCAUUUACGCACAAAACGUGACUUUGAAAAUGAAGGAAAAAAUUCAAAAAAAAAUAUUAAGGCAUUGCAUGGUUCUUAUUCAGAUCUAUCAAUUUCGGAAUCUUUAAGGAGUUCAUUCUCAGAUAUUAGAAACCUAAUGGGAUUUUCAAAAAUAAAAAAUAGAAAAUCAAAAGAUUUUCAUAGAUCUGUUAGUGAUGGCAGCAAUAUGGCUACACUACUAGUAUCGUCUGUAAUGCGUGAUCCAAGUUUAAAUUCAAUUUCGGAACAUCAAACACAUUCAAAAGUUAUACGACAUAACGUAAAUGAAAUUAAUUUACCCAAAAGAAACGAUUUGGGAUUCCCAAAAAAAUUGGCACCAAUUGGUGACUCCAUUAGUGAUAUCGAAAAUAGUAACAAGAUUGAUUUGCCAGACUAUGACCAAAGUCAUAAUGAAUCGUCGUACAACUCGAUAUCAUCAAUGUCAGGAUCAUGUUCAUCAUCAUCUGAAGAAGGCCUUUCGGAUGAAUUAUCUGAAGCAACAACACCUAACGAAAUCAUCAUGUUUGAUCCAGAUACCGAACAUAUUCAUAUGCCUCAUUUAUCUGAAAAUAAAGCUAAAAAUAAUCGAAAUCGUGACAUGAAAACUUUAACUGAAUCAAAAAAACCAGUAGGAAAUGAAGAAAUUUUUAAUAAUUCUUCAAUUAAUAAUAAUAAUGCCUUGAUAUGUAAUAAAGUUGACGGUGAUAGUGAGCCAAAUGGUGUUCACAGUCCAACUAAAAAACGUCGUUUUAGUAUAGAUUUGAUUAUUAAAACAUUGCAUUUGCCAAUACAUCAUCAUCAUCAGCACGAUGAUCAAGAAAUUUGUAAUCAAAUUGAUAAAUUGAAUAUGCAAGAUGAUGAACGAGACAAACAUAAGAAGCAAAAGAAAAAACAUAGACAUUCUGAUGGAUUAUUGGGUAACGCAAUGCGCAGUAUGUUAAUGGAAACUUUCAAUAUUGCAGAAGAAAUUUGUCAAACUCCAGAUAAAAUUGAUUGUGAAAAAAAUUUUCCUGAAAAAACAUAUCGUGAAGAUAAUUUUAUUUCAAGCAAUAAUGAUAAAGACAAUAUUACGAAAAAUGAGAAUUCAUCACAAUUUUUGGGUGUUUCUUCUAUUAGUGAAUAUUCUCAAGAAAAAACUGCAACGAAUGCAAUACCAAAAGCUAUUGUAAUAGAACCAUCAACUCCAACUCCUACUCCUUCUCCUGAUAAAUCUUUCAAUUCUUUCAUUCAUCCAUCAUACGAUCAAUUGUUUUUAACUGUUAAUCCUAAAAUCACAAGUUGUAAUAAAUCAAAUACCGAAAAUUACAAUAAUUCUAGCUGUCAUCAUUUAGCUAAAAGAAAUGUUUUUAGUAGUACAUGUACAAAAAAUAAUAAUAAUUGUUUAUUAGAUAGUAAUAAUCAUGAAAUUAAUAAUUAUACAUCAUUAGACACAUUUUACUUAAGUUCUAGUACUAACAAAGCGCAUACGCUUAUCCCAUCUGCUCCUUCCUCUAUUCAACAACAACUUAGAUCAUCAACUGAAUUAGCUUUAAGCUCAACAUUAAAUAAUGGUGGAGUUGUUUCAUCAUCUAAUAAUGUGGUGAAUAAUAUUGCACAAUCAUCUGAAAUUAUACAACAACAACAACAACAACAGCAACAACAAAAUUUACAAUCACAACAAAUUCAGCCAAAUUUUCAAACAACACAAAAUCAACAACAGCAACAAAAUAAUAAUCAUAAUAAUAUUAAUUUAAAUUCUACUCAAGAUAUUUCAACUUUAAAAAAUAAUAUUAAAAGUGAAUCAAUAAAUAAUCAUUGUUCAACUAUUUUACAACCUGGUCACACACGUGCUGAAUCAGUUGGCACAAAAAUCUCAUCACCUGUUAAAAUUAAUGGCAGUAAUAGUAAUAAUAUUGGUAGCGGUAAUACUUGUAUUAAUUCAGCAACAACUGUUUCAAAUAAUAAAAAUACCGAAAUAUUUAGAAGAUCUUCGGAUUCGGAUUUAAGUGUUACACCAAAAGUUUGGGGCCGUAAAAGAAAUUCAAUUUGUGUUGCUAGUGAUCGUCUUGUAGCAGCAACAACAUUGAUGAGAUUAAAUGCACCAGUUUCAACGAAAAUUUCUACAACAGCUGAAAAUAUUGAUAUGUUAGAAUAUCCAUUUUUAACAAUGGCUAAAUAUCCAGCAGGAUUUAUUUUACAUAUUGGAGCCACCGUUGCGGCUAGAUCUGUUAAAUUACUUGAACGAGUGCCAAAUUUAGAUGAACCAGAAACUCGUGAUUCAUGGUGGACCGAAAUACGUAUGGAAAUUCGAUCUCAUGCACGUGCUUUAGGUUGUAAUGUCAUAUUAGGUUAUUCUGAAGUAACAACAAUAUCAGAUGAUGUUUGUGUUUUAUCUGCAACUGGAACGGCAGCAGUUAUUAAUAUGUCAUAUUCUGGUGAUUCAUCACAAUUUGAUAUUGUAAGUAAUCCAAAGAAGGAUACAAUGACUGUAUCGUCUUUAGAUGAACGAGAAUGUAUAAAAGAAGGUAGAGGAUCAGUUAAGGGUAGCGGUGAAUUAUUAAAUAAGGAGAUUUCAUCAUCAUAUAGUGGAACUACUAGAAAUUUUUCUAACACAAUUUUGCAUAAUAGAGCUUGUGGAAUGUGUCAUAUACCAUAUACCAUAAAUUCAGUACCUGUUAGUGUAAAAAUGAAUAAAUGUGCAAUAUGUAAACGUGGUAAAGUACCAGAUGUCUUAAUGGCAACAAUUGAAAUACCGGAAUGUCUUCAAAUAACUGGACGAGGUUGUUUUAUGCAAGCUCAAGUUGUCAGAGCAAAAAAAGAUUUACGUUCAGAGUCAAACGCAAAAGAAAUUUCGGAUGGACUUCCUUUUCUUGAAUAUGAAUUACAUCGUCUGUUAAUAAACAAAUUAAAAGCAAAAGGAAUGAACGCUAUUUUUGGAUUAAAAACACAAAUCGCUGUUGGUGAAAAAAUGAUGGCUUUAAUUGCAACUGGUACAGCUGUUUUUUUAACAUCACUACCACCUCCUACAGUGCCAAAAAUCGUUGCUGGUAAUUCUUGGAAUGAUGAUGCUCGUUUAAAUGAUUUACAAAAAUCAUUACAAGAAACUGUAGAAAAAAAUCGUGAAAUAUAUCAAUUAAAAAGUGUUGAUCCAGAUAUUCAACAAAAUGGCAAACAAUCUGAUACAGAUGAAUCGGAUGAUGAACUAUUAGAACUAGAUUUAAAUGCUGGUAACAAAGACACAUGUGUUCUCGAAGUUGAUGAUAUUGAAGAUUUAGAAAUAAUUAAAUUAUUAAUGGAACCUUGCCCUCCAGAAGGAUUUCAUAUUGUCAAUACUCAAGCAGUACCCGGUCUUCAUGAUAUGGAAGUUGUACGCAAUUUACAGAUGUUUACUCAAGUUUGGAGAGCAAAAAUCGCUAUUGGACAAAACACAGGACAUUUUCCAAAACAUUUUCAAAGACUUUUGCAAACGAUUUAUUUUAAAUUACGUACAAUGAUUCCAUGUGCUGUUUGUGAUCUUAAAUUUCAAUUAGGAUUACCCGAAAGUGAUGAAAUACAAAUUUUGGUUACUGGAAUGACAUUAGGUCUUGCCGAACCCAAACUUUUAAAACAAAAACGUAAAACAAUAGCUUUAACUCAACAUCAAAACUCAGAUCAAUGUCUUAACAUACAACAAAAUAAGAAAGCGAUGGAUGAUGAAUUGAUUUUCCCUCUUGAUGAGGAUAAUCAAAAUGCAGAUAACCCACAAUUACUAUCUUGCCCACCCAAUUUGCAAUAUGGAUCACAUUCUUUAAAGUUAAAGAAAAAUUCUCCUUCCAGAACUAAAUUCUGUUCCGUAAAAUAUUCUAGGCAUCUUCCAUUACACGAAAGAUAUGGUGUUGAUAUAACUCCAUUAAGCUAUAUACCGGGAGGCAAAAUAGAAAAAUACCUUGGGAAUUUAAAUUUCUUUUUUAUCAGAGAGAGUACCUCAAUAAGAGAGAACGGUGGUAUAAGUGGAUUUGUUCACGGAUUUAUUACAGAAUUGUUGGCUGUAGUGAGAUCACAUAUUUCAGCAUUAGGUGGCAAUGCUAUGGUAUCUUUUUAUAUGACUGAAUUAAUAUUAGUUGAUAACCAGCACAAAAAUCAGGGGCAAUGUUUAAUAAGUAUUGGAGGUGAUGUAGUAUAUGUUUCAUAUUACGCCGAUGACUGAUAUAGGGUUGAAAAAGGAUCUUAGCAAACAUUUGUGUUUGCUCGACCAAGAAGUUUUAUAUUUUAAAUAUGUAAUAUUAUAUUUUAAGAUUUUAGAUGAAUUUUUAUUUUAUGAUAUCGAAUCCCAUAAAAGAAAAUUUAAAUUAGAAUGAAUGUAACUUUGUAAAGCUAGUCAAAAACAAAAAAAAAAACAAAAUAGCGAUAAAACAGAUAUAUGUAUUUAUUUUUAUAUCAAAUGAAACCCACACAAAAAGAAAGUAAUAAGAUUGUAAAAGAAACUAGAAAAUGUAAAGAGAUUUUUUUUAAUAAUACUAAUAAGAAUAUUUACAUGAAAUGCUUUAUUCGUAGAACGUCACUUUAUAGAUGUAAUGACUCGACUUUAUUUUGUUUUGAAAAGAGAAAAAAAAAUGUAAAUUUAAAACGUUUGUAUAUUCCGCGUAUUUAUAUAUUCGAAAUGUGUCACAUUAUUAAGAAUUUAUGUACAUUUAAUAUUUGUUUUUCAUUUAUAGUUUAUAAGUACUUAUUUAAUAAAACUUAAACUCUUGUUAUUGAGUUGAUAGAAUUAGUUUUAAAAAA